GAGGAAGGACAUGUUACGUGGCCUGCUGUGAAUCAGACACUGUCAGACAAUCAGACACGAGUCCACCUGCGUUGUUUAAACCAACUGUGAUGCACAUUAAAAUGCAUCUUGUGGGCAUCUCUGGCAGGCAUGCGAGGCAUGUACAGGAAGCCUAGUUAGUGUUAGUCCAGCAAGUAUGGCACUAAAAAUUAUUUGCUUCAGGGUUUGAUUCAUGGCUUCAAUGCCACUCUUCAAGGGGCACAAAGAUCAGGAAUAAAAGACAUCCAGAAUACUUUUUUUUUUAACGCCAUAGUCAACAAAUUUGUUGAUUGUGACACGACAACAACAUUAAUACUAUUUUCCGGGAGUUUUCUAUAAGCAUUUCAGAUAUGAUCAACACACCGACCACAUGCAGAAUGGACGGUCUUGAACUGUCCCUUGAGAAAAACUAGACUGAAGUCAAAAGGUGAGGUAAGAGAAUUUACAACAGUGUUAAAGGGGGUUUUCUGGAGGGGUUGCAAUCAACUCCAACACUCAGGCACACUGUACAGGCACAGUGCUAUGUGUUGUCAGACAGAAAUAAACACAUACAUUUAAAAGGUGAGCACUUCCAGGAAGUGACCUCAGACGGAACAUACAAGUAACAGACUGACAGAUUGAGACAGAACGACCGUAGCUCUUUAGAGGUGUACAUGUAUGGUGUGUGACGGCUGCCUGGUCUCUUCUUUCUGCGUCUGGUUCACUCGGUACCAUCAUGAUCAACACUUAUCACAGCAGCCUACCUCCUCCACCCAUUCCACCGCGACUAGGAUCCAUCAAACCCGAUGCGGGCCAGAGCAAACCUCUCCUCAGGUUCCUGAUUGGCAUGAUUGUGCUCCAAAUGGUACUGCUCCUCGGAGGAUUCAUCUACCUGUACCAUAUGGAAAAAGUGUAUCACAUGGAACUUAAAUAUGACAUGAUCACCAUGGCCAAACUCAAGGAGUGUCUGGAGGACAAACAGUCAGAGAUCAAGUGUGGAGAGUUUAUGGAGAUCUUCAAGAACAUCAAGACACCGGUCUCACAAAAGGAAGGAAUAGCUGCCAAACACACCGGGAGUGGUUCCAGUUAUGGAGCCAUGGCACGCAUGACAGUGAAGCAAACGCUACCAUAUGAUUCAUCUAACAUCCUGAAAUGGAACAUGGACCACUCAGUCCUAAAACACAUCAAUUACUACAAGUCCAGCUGGCUGAAGGUGCUGCAGUCUGGAGACUACAGCAUCUACACCCAGGUGACCUUCUCCAUGUGGCACCCCAAAAAGCCUCUGGCCAGCCAGCUGAAAUUGAGGAAGAGGGAGUCAGAAGAGGCGAAGACCCUGAUGACAGCGUACUGCAGCCUUAAUAAUAACACGAGUGAUGUAUGCACAGCCUACCAGGGAGGAGUCUUCAGCCUAGACGAAGGAGAUCAGCUCUCUGUGUGGGUGACUGACCUCAGCCUGGUCAGCUAUGAUGUGGACUGCACCACCUUUGGAUUAUACAAGUUGUAGGACGGUCAGAACAAGGGACAUUGCAGACAGCACGGAGGAGAUGGACUGUGGUUCUUCGAUGUACAGUGUACAUGGAGUGAUGGGGGAUUCAACGUGUGCUUUGGAAAUGGAACUAGGCCCGCCCACUAGCCGGCAAUUUGAACCUUGGGGCAAUGUUAAAGUGGAACAGAACUAAUAACCAAUCUAAAUGGAUCUAAACAAGCGCUGGGUGAGAGGAAUCCCUGGAACUGAAACAAUGUUGGGAAUAAUUAACCAUCCCUGCCCCCAUCAGGAAUGGCUCCAGGAUGAAAUGACCAGGGGUGGGGGGGGGGGUCUUUUAUUAAUAUGUAAUUCAUAUACCAUUUGCAGUGUUUCAGAGGAAACAAAACUGGGGGAGCACAGAUUCUAUCUGUUGGGGCAAUGCCCCCUCCUUUCCCCCAUGGAUCCAGGCAUCGCCCCCACAAUAUUAUAUAACAAUGUUCUGUAUAUGGCCAUAUGGAAUGGCAAUGACUGUAUUUAUUUAAUGUGAUAUAG